CUUCACAAUAGCUAAGCAAGCAGGGUUGUAACCGUUUGCAUUUUGCAUUUGCGAGUACGACUCAGAUUCACUCACCUCAUUAGUCAGUGAUGUUAAUCGGGUGAAGUGAUUAAGUGGUUCAAUUUGACUGCCGACCAUUCUCGGUCUCGCUGCGCAGGCAAGAAUUUCUCAGCUCGUCAAACGGCUUAUAGUUGUUGAUUUCACAACGUAUGCCCCGUAUCAAAUACAAAUCGAAAAGUGCCAUAAUAUAGCGAAAAAAAACAUCAAAAUGGCGGACGCGGUAGGGGAGAUCGAACUCCCAGUUGAGGAGACAAGCUGGAAGAGCAAGCUGAAUCUGCUGGUCAUUUACGGAGGGUCCUUACGUGAUGUCCUUCUCAUAUUCGGAGGCUCGUUCCGCGACGAGUACCUCGGUUGUGGCUCUGAUUCGCAUUAUUUCGAACUAGAGUGGUCCUGCUUUUCCUUUUGGUUUUGUAUGAGUUUUUCUCUGUGCAUUAAGAGUAUAGUCGCAGCACAAUUUUUCGUUCGGAUCACACGGAAAGGAUUUUCUUGCAUACGGCGAGACUCGUGCGGGAAAACAAGCGGAAAAUACCAGUUAACGCAGGUGACGCGGCGGCGCACAACAAACUUGUGCAGUGUAUGGAGGUGAGAUGUAGUAUCGUUUGGCGGUUGAUGUUACAUCCUCGAUAAAUAUCGUUCAGGAGUAUACAGCACAAGCAGCUGCACCACAGUGCAACUGAAGAGAUCGGUGCAUGUUCGUUGCUAAUAGACCGCGGCCUUCUCAGGCAUGGAACUAGGUUGGUCAAAAGUUCACAUCUCUAGUACCCCAUACUCGACACGCGACACGCCAUUGAGGUGCUGGAGCCACAACUGCAAGCGGUGACCUGUGCUGGGGGCGGUUCAGAAUUAUUGCUGCAUGUUGCAUCUGGGAACGUCGCGCUGCUCGACGGUGGUCCCGAAACUUCAGACGGGAAGCUCCCGACUGGUCUGGAGCAGUCGGGAGCUGCAACUUCUAUGGCAGGUACGAGUAGACGCAACAACUCGUCUGCAAACAAGAAACAGCAGAAACGGCCAAGGAACCCGCGCGAUAUCAAGGUGACAAAGUGGCGGUGUUCGGUGAAAAUACCGGCGCUGUUGGGGGAAAAGCCCGUGCAACCUGAGCCGGAGGACCUGUUCGCGAAGCUGCGCGAAGCGGAGGAAAGCAUCGCAGAGAAGGCCUUUAAAGUGUUGAUGCAGAGGUGUAACGACAAGGACGAAUUUUUUUCCAGCGACAAUGGAAGAUUGAAUCCGGACUGCUCCGGGGAGGAGGACUCUGCAGCGCAGAAGGCAACUGCGGAAGAAAAUAAAUCAUGCCCGGGGGGAGGCGGUGUCGGGGAAGUCGAAGCGAGGGAGGAAGCCAGAGCGAGUGGGACGUCCUCUUCCGACAGCGACUCCACCCAAGAUGCGAGGGCGGCAUCUUCCAUGAAGAGGGGCGCGGGAAAGCAGACUAGUAGCGCUAUCAGGUAAGACUAAGACGAUGAGUUCUCAAAUGUUGUGAAAAUUCUGGUGAGCUAGCGACUGGGGAGGCUGCAUUUGGUGAAUGUUUUUUUUUAGAAUUUUCUAGAUAUUCGUAACUACUUUCACCUAGUAAAUGGAAACUUAACUACCACAUGAACCUUCUCCAGCCUGAAAGCGCAACAAUCCCGCGAGCCUGUGUCAACGUCGGAGUGCCACCAGAACCAGCACUAUCGGCGACAUCCAUCAAAGGGCAACAGUGAGAAAGGUAGCGACCCAAAAGGCCGCAAAGUGCAGCGGCAUUCGGAUUUUGGGGUCAAUUUCGCCGAUUGGAAAAGAACUGAUUCUGAUGCAUCUUUAUUGGAAAAACGGUCUCGUGAUGAUGCGCACUACAGACCAGUGGAGAUUGAUUCUUUAUUGGGGAGCGAUUGUGAAGACUCUGAUUCCGACAGUAGCUCCACAUCGGAUGCGAGUUUUGCCUGGGAAAAGGUUCACUUGCGGCAGGUACAAUUUUUGCAGCAGGGAGAAAAUAACGGGAGCAUCAAAGCUGGCAAAGGAACAGGACUUGCUCCGAAGAAAGACGACUCGUUGGCUCAGGAAACUCAGGUUGAAGCACCACGUGGCGGCGAAAUCGAAAACAAAAGUAAGUGGCCACACUCGACGAACACGCUGGGAACGAAAGGGAAGUUUUUUUCUGAAGGACAGGGAGAUGCUUUCUCAUCUCACAUGAAGGAGGUGCUCGACGCACAAGAACGAUUUUAUUCCGCCACAACGUCGCAAGAAAAGAAACUUGCAGCAAAUUAUCUUUCGCACAACACGACGUCGGCGACAGAACCAGGAAACCAUCGAAUCGGGUCAAUUCCUGGUCAGACUGCACGCGAGAAAGAGAAACAGCUCACAACUUCUAGAAGCGAUUUACUUCCAUCACAGCCUAGCCCCGCCAAGAAGUGGCUUUCCUUGUUGUUUCGCGACGGGCUAUUCGAAUCGGGCACCACCUGUGGGUACGACGCCCUGCAGCAAGCUAGCGUGAAAGAGCUGCGGGAACUGGAUCUGGAGCCUGCAUUUGUCGCACACCAGAUUCAGCAGGCCGAAGCAGAACUGCGAGCGCGGCGCCGGGCCCUGCGCGAGGAGGAGCGGAAUUUGCAGCUGUUUCACGCGCAAAUCGAAAAGGUGAAACGGCUGCUGUCAACAGCGGAAGACUCGGAGGCGGGGGAGUUUGAUGAUCACUAAAAGCUGGAGGGACGACCACCUCGAAGCCCUAGCUAGGAUUGUUUCCGGGAUCCCGGCCUCGGAGCCGAGGAUGAAGAUUAAGAUGAACGGUUUUUGCCUGUUCGGACUAAUGAAUUACCAAGUCACAAAGUAGUUCUGUGAGAGGUGCAGCCGGAAUUCUAUAUGGAAGCACUUUCUUGAAGUAGAAGUUGUGCGAAGUGAAAUAGAAGCAGAAGUACGCAAGGUCAAGCCUUUGAGAAGAAUGUACCAGCAACCAGUAAGCAAAGUGCGGAAAAAUAGAAAAGAUUUCUCGUGACAGACAAGAUACUGCGUAGAGUGGAG